GAUUAUGGAUCGAUUAUGCAUUACGGUCAAACAUACUUUGACAAACCAGACUGCUCAGGAUCUGGCUGUACAACUAUUUCAGUUAACAACCAAGCUGAGUACAAUCGACAAGGCAGGCCCUCUUUGGGACAGAGAAUUGAACUAAGUACUAAAGACAUUAAUCAAGCGAACCUGCUUUAUGCUUGUUUAUUUAGUGGAUCUUUAACGAAUCUGCAAGUUUAUAUUCGUUACGCUCGAAAUCUUAGAGACACAGACCCAUGGCUAAACAACCCUGAUCCCUAUGUGAAAGUUCAAGCAAGACGGGCCAGCGGUUAUGUGGUGACUCAAUCUACUCGAUAUAUAGGAGGAACAACAAGCCCAACUUGGAAUCAGUGGCUUAACUUUGGCUGCCAGAAAUGGAGGAAUUUCGAGAUGCAAAUUUGGGAUGAGGACAACUUUUUGACAUUUGGAGACGAUGAGAUGUCGAAUAAAGAGUUAGUCUUAAUGAGUCCUGGAAAUCAUUACAGCCAAAGGCAUAAUGCACAUGGUAACGGAUACCUUUUCUAUGACUACAAAUUGAUUAGGGAUAUUAAUGAUUGCAUUCCCAAUCGCUGCCAAAAUGGUGGUACGUGUAUUGACCAGUGUACAAGCUAUCGAUGUUCUUGCCCACAAGGAUAUUCCGGAACCAAUUGUGAAUAUCCAUCUGGGAAUCUUGUAGUGUAUGCUCGUUACGGUCGAAAUCUUCCUGACAAAGAUGGGUGGUGGAACAAAAGUGACCCAUACAUGGAGUUCAUUGCAGUAGACAAAUUCGGUAAUUCGCGCAGACUAACCACCAGUGUGAAGUCGGGAACCCAUAAUCCAAACUGGAACCAGUCACUGAACUUUGGCCGUCGAGCUUGGAGCUACUUUCGAGUAAGAGUAUAUGAUUCUGACAAUAAUGCUGAUGAUGCAAUGUCCAGUAGUGUGACCUACUCUUUGCCCCGUCCAAAUUAUUCACGAUCUUACAUUUCUCACAACUGCUACAGUGGUAAUGCCGUAUUUGACUAUUCUUACACUAAUUAAAAACUCGAUUUCCACUUGCAAAUAUGUAGA